AUGCCGGGGGCUUCACCUCGGCAACCGAGCGCGACGUCGGUGUACUUGACAACUCUCUUCAAAGGCCCGACGAUCGUCCUCGCCAUAGCGCGGCACGGACUGUCCGGACUGUUUUAUGCCGCCGUGUACGCCGUCUACAAACUCGCAAAUCAAAAGGACCUGCGAUCCGUCCAAGCGUUCGCGCCAGUCGUCGUCGGUCCCAUCAUGGGGGCCCUCGCUCUCCUCCACAUAUACGGGCUCACAUGGACGGUCCUGCUUGUGAGGUGUCGCACUACCCCACGCCGCAAGGCGUCGUUCAUCCCGACCGUUUUUGUGUCACCGUUGAAGGUGCACUUAUCGCAGCCAACCCAACUCAUCAUCUUCCACUCCAUCGACGUUGUGUGCCAGUCGUACCAAGCGUACCGCAUGUCGUACUACCUCGUCGAUCGCCGCUAUGCCAUCACGUUUGCCAUGGUCGUGAGUGCGUAUUGCCUCAUCACCCCCUGGUUCCUCUUUGCAAAGCACGCCGUCGCGCGGCGGUCGCUCGUCCUGCUUCUGAACAACUGCCUUGGGUUGGUCCUCAAUUCGAUCUUUCCCAUCUUUCUCUUCUUGAUUCAAGCCCUCAAGUUGGUCAUCCUGGACCGGAAAUUCCAAAACGACGACAAGUUUGUCACGGUCAGCCUCCUCGUCGGCCGAUACUUGAUGGUGACGUCGCCCACCGACCUCAUCUCCAAGAUCGCCAUGCAGUGUUUGAGCUGCUUGUCGAUCCGACGCCUUGUUCAGUCCGUAACAAAUCCGAUGCCGAAAGUCUCCAGCUCCAAUUUCGCCAGCGUCGGUGGUUUCUAUGGUACUUGCUUCUAA